AUGCUGGGCGAAUUUCCCUCAGUCUCACGCAUUGACCUACAAGGAUUAAAAGGCUUCCUAGCCAGAGUCCGCCGUCUAAUCCUAGGAAUCCCAUCCGAGAGCAAAGUCGCACAGGGCGUGGACUGCGGCGCAGGCGUCGGCCGCGUGACAGAGAGAUUCCUAAGCUAUGUCUGCGAAAAGGUCGAUGCGGUAGAGCCCAUUGCCAAAUUCAUCAAGGUUCUGCAGGACAGUGCGGUAGCCAAGACCGGCGCUGUGGGAACCGUCUACACCAAGGGUCUCGAAGACUGGUAUCCGGAGAAGAAAUACGAUCUCAUCUGGACUCAGUGGUGUGUGGGCCAUCUGACAGAAUCGCAGUUCAUCGAUUACACCGUGCGGUGUCGCAAUGUCUUAACUGAAAUUGGUCUCAUGGUUGUUAAGGAGAAUUUGUCUACCCACAACCUUGGGCACGACAUGUACGACGAUGAGGAUAGCAGUGUCACCAGGACGGAUGCCAAGUUUAGGCAGGUUUCCAGGCUUCUGGGAUGA